AUGGAGGGUGGGGGUAAUAAAGUGGAGGGGGCGGGGUUUGGUAACGUGGUUGUGAAGAGCGCCAUCCGUCAGCAGAAGCGUGAACUGCAGUCUACUGUUCAGCAGGAGAGUGGUUUACUCAGUAGUGCGGGAAGAGCAGAGUUUGAUGGGUUUCAGGAACAUUUGGGUGUCAGUGGUGUGACUGUGGUGACCCAGAAUCCCCCUGAUCUCACAGCGACUAAAGGAGAGACCACCACUAUGCACUGUAAUCUGGGGACGGUUACUGAUAGUGCUGCUCGGUGGUAUAAACAGGUUCCAGGAGGAGUUCCACAGCAUGUGUUAAGGAAUUAUCAUGGCUGGAGUUCUCCUAGCUAUGGAUCUGGCUUCUCUUCUCCUAAAUUCACAUCAACACACACAUCUCAAUCAGAUUAUACUUUGAUCAUCAGUAAUGUGGAGGUAGGAGACUCUGCAGUGUAUUACUGUACUACAUGGGACGACUCUGCUAAAGAAUGGGUAUCACACACUGUGGUAUUCGGCCCAGGAACAAAGCUGAUCGUCACUGACUCUGCUGUUCCUCCUCCUGUUCUGAGCAUCUUCCCUCCGUCCAGUGAAGAGCUGAAGUCUAAUAAAGCCACUCUAGUGUGUGUGGUCAGUGACAUGUCCACUGGUUAUGCUGAUGUUCGUUGGCUGCUGGACGGAAAGGCGGUCAGCAGUGGAGUGAGCACUGGCUCUGCAGAGCAGCAGCCCAAUAAGAAGUUCAGACUGAGCAGCUAUUUGAGCAUUGAGAGAUCAGAGUGGGAGAAAGAUAAAGACAUAACAUGUGAAGUGUCUGCUGCUGCCUCAAAAACUACAAGUAAAAGCAUGAAGAAGUCUGAAUGCAUGGACUGAACCUGAUCACAUCUGUUCAUCUUCAUUCUUUUCUUCUUCUUCAGACGUACACUUCUUACUUGGCAGUGCUGAAUAGAAACAGUAGUUUAGUGUGUAGUGAAAGAAUGCUGAUUCCAGCAACAAACACUGGAUCAUCUCCUGCUUACGUACUCCUUCAUCUUUUCUCUUCUACAAUAAAGUUGUUUGAUGGAUUUGAAUAAAAUGCAGAAGUGAAAAAC